AUGGCCACCCGCAACGGGAAGGAGCCGCUGGACCCGGUGCGGCUGAACCAGCUCCUGCGCGAGCGAGUGCGGAAGGAGCUGCAGUGCCAGAGGCUCUACACGGAGUUCCGCGUGAACCCGCUCCACCGCGCUCACGCAGUCACCAAGAAGCCUAUGUCUUGGCACGAUAAUAUAGAAGAGUCAGCAGAUGCCAAAUUUCUGAAACUUAUUAACCAUGCAGCACUGGAGCCAACAAAGAAAUAUUCAGAACCACAAACAGAAAGCCAAGAAAUUGGCUGGAACACCACACCUUUGAUACAUAUGGAUCGUACUGACUGCAGACUCUACUUCCCACGCCGGAGAACUGAUAUCUCUAAAUAA